AUGGGUGGGGACAGUGAGAGUGAAUGGCUACCCCCACCCCGGGUCUUGGACCCCCGCGUGGUCCCACUUCCUCCUUCUUCCUUCCGGAUCGCGAAACUGGACCGGAGUUGUCUGGCUGAGGGUGCAGCCCCUGAGCAACGUGGGGCGCGGGCUUCCCUCCUCUGGCGCGCCCCUUACCCCCGGGACGCUUUGCUGGUAUUGCUGUUGGUUUCCCCCGUCUCCUUCUCUCGUCUUUCUCUCCCCGCGCGCAAAGGCCCCGGCCUGGCAGCUGGGGGAACGACUGGCCGCCGCGCCCGCCGCGCGAACACAACUUGGGCUCGGCGGAGCGUGGUGGCCGCGGCCGCGCCGCCCGACCCUCGGCCAAUAGCGCCUCGCCGGGCGAGGCACCUGCUUAACCCUUUGGGCCUGGGGCUCAGCCGGCCGCUGGGACCCAGAGGGGCUGGGCCGAUUGGCCAGAAGUUGCCAAGGACGAGAGUGGUAGAGAUUGCCCGGCCCGGCGUCCCCGCACCAGGUCUGGGGGCCAGACGCCUGCCCGCGCCGCAGACCUGGGCGUCCCCUUCCAUCCUCGUGGCUCCGGGAAAACAGCCCAGCGGCACAAAGACCCGUCCGCGCCCGGGCAGCGUCCCGUGCAGGCGGCGCAACCUCUUAGCUCCCCUAACCCGAGUCAGUUUCCGGAGGAGCCGCCCGCGCCCGGCAGCCGCAGGGAGACAGAGGGAGGGAGCCCCAGCUCUGGCUGGCCGGGCCCACGGCGCAGCUGCGUUUCCAUUUUCCUCUCAAAGAAAAUGCUUUGGACGGCAGAUAAUACCAGGAGAUAUGAAACUGCUUCGUCCCCCACAUGUUGCACGUAAAAAGAAUCGUAAUGAGCAUCUGUGGCGUGACGAGUUAGUUGAAGAUCUAACCGACGUCCUGUCUACCUCCUUCCUAGGAAGGGCCUUUUCCUAG